AGACCCCGUCCCGGGGCGGAUCGGGGCGGUUCGGCCGCGUUCGGGCCGGGUCGGAACCGUUCGGCCGCGUUCGGGCCGGGCUCGGCUCCGCUCGUCUCAACUCGGGGAGGAUCGGGAAGGUUCGGCUACGUUCGGGCCGAACUCGGCUCUGCUCGGCUGAGCUCGGGAAGGAUCGGGGAGGUUCGGCCCAACCCGGUUCGGCCUGUCUUGGUUCGGCGCGGCCCGCUCGGCUUCCUUCGGCCUCGCUCGUCUCGGUUCGGCUUCUCUCGGCUCGGUUCGGCCCCGCUGGGAUUCCCUCGGUUCGGCUCCGCUUGACUGUUCGGUUCGGUUCGUCUGGGCCCGACCCUGCCCGGUCGCCGCCGCACCGGGCCCGGUAACGCUGCGACCCCAUCCCCGGCCCAGGCCCGAGCCCAGCCCCGGGAACACCCCGGGAGGAAGCGGGGGGAGGCAGCGAGCAUCCUCCGCCGCUCCGUCCGCAGCACGGCCGGGACCGGGGCGGGGGGGACGUGGCCGGGGGGAGCAGCAGGAGCCCGGGCCAGACGUGCCCCGGCUGGGCCGUGACGGUGGGGACAUGUCGUGACAGUGGAGACAGAGCCACCCCGCACCUGGGUCACUACCCAGGGACACCGUGUGACACCAGGAGCGAACCCCCGAGCCGUGACACUGGGGGAGCACCGGGGCACAAAGCCACUCCAUGUCGUGACACCGAGGCAGCGCAGCUACCCCAGGCAGUGACACUGGGUGCACGCCACGGCACUCGAUGACAGCGCUGUGACACCGAGCACCAUGGCACCAGGUGAGCAGCCAGACUGGCACAUGCUGUGACACCGGGGGGACCCCAUGCCUGGCAGGUGCUGUGACACUGGGUGACCAAACCACGCUGUGCCGUGACUCGUCGGUGAGCCUUGAGCCUGGCACGUGCUGUGACACUGCUAGACCAAAGCCAACCUGGACUGUGACAAGUGAUCAGCCUGGCACCUGCCACUGGGUGACCAAAGCCACCUUGGACUGUGAUACCAAGUGACCAAGCCUCUGCCAUGACACCUGGUGAACCCUCAGCUCGGCACCUGCUGUGACUGCAGUGACACUGGGUGACCAAGCCGCUCCACGUCGUGACACCAUGUGACUGAAGCCCCCCCACGCUCCACGCUGCGUUGUCCCAUCAUGCCACCGUCCCGCCAGCGCGUGGCCAUGCGUGUCCCCGUGCUGUCCCUGCUGCUGGCGCUGCCCCUGCUGUCCCCGUGGGGCUCAGCGGCCGGGAGCUGCCCCCCGCGCUGCGUCUGCGCCUCCAACCUGCUGAGCUGCUCUCAGGCCAACCUGAGCGCGGUGCCGGCGCCGCUGCCGCGCUUCGCGGCCGUGCUGGACCUGAGCCACAACAACGUGACGCGGCUGCGCGCGGACUGGGCCCCGGCGCGGCUGCCGCACCUGCACGCGCUGCUGCUGAGCCACAACGGGCUGGCCUUCGUGUCCACCGAGGCCUUCGCCCACGUGCCGCGCCUGCGCCACCUCGACCUGUCCUCCAACCGCCUGCGGACGCUGGACGAGAACCUGUUCAGCGACCUGGGCGAGCUGGAGGUGCUGCUGCUCUACAACAACGAGAUCGCUACGGUGGAUCGCACGGCCUUUGAGAACCUGGGCCGGCUGCGUAAGCUCUACCUGGGGCAGAACCGCAUCGCCCGCUUCCCGCUGGAGCUGCUGCGGGAGGGCACCCGGCUGCCGCAGCUGGCGCUGCUGGACCUGUCGGCCAACCGGCUGCGGGCCGUGCCCGCGGGCGAGCUGCAGGCGCUGCCCGCCUGGCUGCGCGACCGCCUCUACCUGCACAACAACCCCCUGAGCUGCGACUGCCUGCUCUUCCAGCUGCUGGACCGCGGCCGCCGCCGCCACCUCAGCGCCGUGGAGGAUUUCCAGGAUGAGCUGCGCUGCCACCCGCCCGGCAGCACCGCUCCCGUCAAGAUCCUGGAGCUGGCGGGCAAGCCGCCUCUCAACUGCAGCAGGGCGCGGGAGGCCGUGCUGGAGGCGCACCUCGGGGACAGCGUGACGCUGGGCUGUGACAGCCGCUGGCAGGGCGUGCGCAGCCGGCACUGGGUGACCCCGGGCGGGGAGCGGGUGCUGGGGGACGGGGGCAACGGCAGCGUGGUCCUGCUGGCCAACGGCAGCCUCCAGCUGCGGGCGCUGCGCCCCGAGGAUGCCGGCACCUACUCCUGCUGGGUGGCCGGGCCCCUCCUCAACGAGACCCUCUACGUGGAGCUGCUGGUGCACAACUUCACCCUGCACGGCCCCCACGACACCCUGAACACGGCCUACACCACUCUGGUGGGCUGCAUCCUGAGCGUGGUGCUGGUGCUCAUCUACCUGUACCUCACGCCGUGCCGCUGCUGCUGCUGCCGCGGCAGCGAGAAGCCGCCGGCGCCGCGCGACGACAGCAUCAACUCCUCGGUGCUGAGCACCACCCCGAACCACGCCGGCGGCACCGGGGAGCCCUGCGGGUCCCACGUGGCCUCCGGCGCUGGCACGGGGCAGAACGGCCGGUUCAAGGGCGGGGGGACCCCCCCGCCGCCCGCCCGGCAGGGCCCCAAGGCGCAGAGGAAGGUGUCGGAUCCAGACUCGGUGAGUUCCGUCUUCUCCGACACGCCCAUCGUGGUGUGAGGGACGCUGUGGGGACAGUCCCCAGGGACACCCCGCGUCAGCCACUGCAAGCUGUCCCUGGGCAGGAGGGGUGGCCAGAUGCCCACUGCCGUGUCCCCAGCUUGGGGGGUCACACCAUCACACCCCAGGACUGAGCAUCGCUGCUGGCCCCGCCAAGGUCACCGACACCAUGGGACAGUGAGGGACAAAGAUGUGACACACACUUUGGGGACAGUCUCCCACCACAGUGACCUGUCCCUGGGCAGGAGAGUUGGCCGGACUCCCACGACCAUGGCUCCAGCUUUUGGGGGUCCCAUCAUCACCCCAGGACUGAGCAUUGUCCCACACCCCCGCUGAGGUCACAGAGGGACCGUGAGGGACACAGGGUGUGAGGAGAUACACCGUGGGGACAGUCCACUGGGGCUCCCUGUGUUCCUACUGCUGCUGUCCCCUGUUCCCCAUGGACACGCCACGGGCAGAAGGGGUGGCUGGACCCCUACUGCCGUGUCCCCAGCUUGGGGACCAACACCAUUGCCCCCCGGGAUGGAGCAUCACUGCUGGCCCCCACCCAGGUCACUGCUCAGCCACAAGGGACAAGGGUGUGACACCACGGGGCAGUCCCCCACUGUCACCUGUCACCAGGCAGGAGGGGUGGCCAGACCCCCACCACCAUGUCCCAGCUUUUGGGGGUCCCACCAUCACCCCCCAGGACUGAACAUCAUCCCCAGCCCCUGCCGAGAUCACUGAGGGACUGCGAGGGACAAGGGUGUGAGGGGACACGCCGUGGGGAGUCCCCAGGGACAUCCCGUGUCCCCACUGCCACUGCGGGCUGUCCCCAGGCUGGAGGGGUGGCUGGACCCCCGUCACUGUGUCACCACCUUUGGGGAUCCCACUGUCACCCCCCAGGACUGAGCAUCAUCCCUGGCCCCUGCCAAGGUCACCUGCAUUGGACAAGGGUGUGAGGGGACACGCCGUGGGGACAGUCUCCUGCUGUGACCUGCCUCUGGGCAGGAGGGAUGGUGAGACUCCCACCACAGUGUCCCUCGUUUUUGGGGGUCCCACCAUUGCCCCUCAGGACUGAGCAUGGCUGCUGGCCCUGAGCUCACCGCAGGACCCCAGGGACACGUCUCUGUGAGGACAGCGUGGCCACCAGCUGCAGGGCAUCCGCCCCACCAGGCACUGGAGGACUGAGGGACAGUGACAGUGGCAGCUGUGAGCGCCCAGGAGCGGCAGCACCGGGCAGAACCCCCCUCCUGCAGCCCCGGGCCCCCCCAUUCCCCCUGCCCCCCUUGGCAUGUGCAUGGCCAAGCAUGAGUCCCCCGGGGAGCAUGUGCCACCCCCAUGGGGACACCGGGGGUGUGUCAACCCCCUGGGGAACCCCCAACACCUCCUGAGCCCCCUGCAACCCACAGCUGCAAGCAGAGCCCCCUCCCCCGCAGGGGGUGGGACCCGGGGGCUCCUGCACCCCGAAAAGGGGGUGCCCCCUCCCAUGGGUGCCCAUGGGUGUCCCCAUGCCAGCCCAGCCUGUGUCCCCGGUGCCCCCACCCCGGACAUUCCCCCCCUGCACCGGGCAAUGCCCACCGAUGCCUUGGCCAAAAUAAACGCGUUUCCCUCGUG